GAAGAUUAAUUAAUUUAAUUUAAUUGCUAAUCAAUCCUCAUAAUCCAAUCACUUUUUCCAAUUAAUAAAUACGAGAGAGAACUCAUCUUCCCCAAAUCAGAGAAAAACACACACACAAACACACACACAGAAAUGAAGGAGACGAAUUCGAAGAAUCAGCAGCCGAAAUGGAAGCCGAUGACGGCGGGGUACUGCUGCUCGUCGGACGAUCGCGCCGUAUUCGGAAACUUCAGCCGGUGCCGGCCGUCGAAGUCGGAUUUCACGAAGAACAUCGGCGGCGGCGGCGGCGGGGGGACGGCGCCGCUGCCGUCGUUCAGGAAGCUGUCGUUCUCGGAUGUGAGCUUGAGCGUGGGAUCUUCGUCGGCGAGGAUAAAUGAGGAUUUGGCGCAGACGUUCGGCGGUGAUUUGUACGAUUUUCAGGUGAGCGAGAUGAGGGCGGCGACGCAGAAUUUCUCGAGCAAUUUCUUAUUGGGGGAAGGAGGGUUUGGUAGGGUCCACAAAGGCUACGUGGAUCAGAGUUUGAGGCCCGGUUUGAAAGCCCAGCCCGUUGCUGUUAAGCUACUUGAUAUUGAAGGGUUGCAGGGCCACCGUGAAUGGCUUGCGGAAGUGAUAGUAUUGGGGCAGCUGAGGCACCCAAAUCUGGUGAAGUUAAUUGGGUACUGCUGUGAAGAUGAAGAGCGUCUCCUUGUAUAUGAGUUCAUGCCACGUGGCAGUUUGGAGAAUCAUUUGUUCAAAAGGUUGUCAAUUUCAUUGCCAUGGGCAACAAGAUUGAAGAUAGCAAUAGGAGCAGCAAAGGGUCUAGCUUUCUUGCAUGAUGCCACCAAACCUGUCAUUUAUCGUGAUUUCAAGACCUCCAAUAUCUUAUUAGAUUCGGAUUUCAAUGCUAAAUUAUCGGAUUUCGGACUCGCGAAAAUGGGACCCGAAGGGUCAAAUACCCAUGUCACUACUCGGGUCAUGGGUACCUACGGCUACGCUGCUCCCGAAUACGUCAGCACCGGUCACCUAACUACAAAAAGUGACAUAUAUAGCUUCGGAGUAGUUCUACUAGAACUCCUAACCGGAAGGAGAGCAGUCGAGAAGUCCCGUCCCAAAAACGAGCAAAAUCUAGUGGAUUGGACCUACCCGUAUUUGACCCGAACCCGUCGAUUGCGGUGCAUAAUGGAUCCAAGACUUGGGGGGCAAUACUCCGUGAAGGGGGCCAAAGAAAUGGGCCUUUUGGCCCAAAAAUGUGUGAGUUUGAACCCGAAAGACAGGCCCAAAAUACCAGCUAUUAUCGAAACUCUCGAAAGCCUGCAGAAUUUGAGGGAUAUGGCAAUUACCCAUGGGCAGUGGCCCGAUUCGGCUAAUUCGGGCCGUAAUUUGGGGUAUUAUGGUAAAGGGAGGAGGCAAAGUGGAUUUGGGUGUAAAAGUGCUGCUGUUGCUGCUAGCCCAAGAAGCAAAUAAAAAAAAUUAAAUAAUAUAUUGUGGUAAUUAAGAAAGAAAAGAGAGUUUAUUAUGUAAGCAUAUAAUAUAGUGCAUGUAUAAAAUUGUUCUAAGUCUAAUUAUGUGAAUGUGUAUGUGAAUUAUAAUAUAAUAUAUAAAAAAAAAAGUUGUUCACUUGAAAAGUAGCAA